AUGCAAAGAUUCCUGCCAAACUUUAAUUUACUUUUAUUGCAUUGUGAUUUGUCUGGAAAUAUUUUACAAGUUGGUUUAAUUCCUCUAGUAACCUUCAAUGGAUUCCCGAGGCAAAGAGGAAAAUCAGAGGAAAAUCUGAGUUAUAAUCCAUGUAAUCAGUUUUCUCAAAGGGUUCCAGAAACUCAAUUCCAAUCUCCCCAACCCGAGCAUUUCCAGUUCCGUGAUUCUCAUAACGUAGAAUCUAAGAGUUCUAGCGACGAUCCGAAGUCAAAGAAAUGGGUGGAACGCGAAGAGUUGGCUUUGGCUAGGGGAUAUGUCGAUUGUUCUCAAGAUAAACAGCGUGGAAACCAAAAACGGUUCGAUGCAUUUUGGGAUCGAGUUCUAGAGCAUUUUAAUGUUCAGAUUGGAGGUUCGGAUCGGACACGACACCAAGUAAACUCAAAAUGGAAAGACCUGCAAAAGAAAUGUAACGCUUUCAAUUGCAUCUAUAACCGUAGGAUGAAUAGUGUGGCUAGCGGGAGAUCUGAGGCUGAUGUUUUAAAAGCCUCACUAAGCGAGUAUCGGAGUACUAUUAAUCAAAAAUCCUUUCCUCAUCAAAAAGCUUGGGAGUGGUUGAAAGGCCACGCGAAAUGGGCGUUGGUUACAAAAGUUGGUGAAGACUCCCCGCCUCCUUCUUCAAAACGAACUAAAACAUCUUCAUCUAACGCCCAUACAACAUCUUCCGAUGCACAUUAUCCUCCCGGAUUCCCCCAACAACAACAACCGUUUAAUGUUGAAGACUCACCGCCUCAGAGAAAAAGAAAAGGAAAAAAAGCGGCAUCAGUAUCGUCAACACAAAAUGAAAUGUUUGAUCUUGUCAACCAUAUUGCCAGCAUCAACACUACAACCAACACAGAGGCGGAACAGAGACAACGGUACCGGGAACAAAAAUUACGCAUUUUCGAAGCUAAUGAAGCAUUGAAAGCUCAAUUGUUGGAGCGAGAGAUAGAGAACCAAGAUAUGGAGUAUUUUCUAUGA